GAUGUACUUUGCUAGCUUGACUUCGCUCGCACACACACACACACAGUGAGCACCUAGCAUGUCGGCUAAACGUGAUAACCUGCUUUAAUCGACACCUUUAAAGUCGCAUUUCGUCCUUUUUCGCGACUGUUCCGCUCGUUAGCAUGAAAACCCUCGAGGGACGGCGACAGCUCGCGAGUGCACGAGCGUCGUGUUGAGAUCGAUUCAUUGUUUCAUCAUCAUCAUCAUCAUCAUCAUCAUCAUCUCUGGCUGGAGGAAACAACUGGCUGGUCCGCGAGGCUGUUUGGAGAUCCGGUGCCAGAGAGGAGGUGGGGGAUGGAUCCUCUGGGCGCUCGCUCGCAGUUUGUGGACGUCCAGACUCUCCCCACGUGGCAGCAGCAGCUGGGCGAGGAGGAUGGCGAGGAGACGCCGCGGGGCCGGAGCGACAGCGGCGACAGCCUGCUCGACGGCCAGCGGGCCUUCCCCUCGCCCUUCCCCUGCAGGCCGGACAUCAACCGCAAGAUCAUCCUCUUCACCGGCGACAUCGCUCUGCUGAACUGCACGGCCAUCGUGAACACGAGCAACGAGUCGCUGAGCGACAAGAACCCGGUGUCGGACGGCGUCCAUCAGCUCGCCGGGCCGGAGCUGCGGGACGAGCUGCUCAAGCUCAAAGGAUGUCGGACGGGCGAGGCGAAGCUGACCAAAGGCUUCAGCCUGGCGGCGCGGUUCAUCAUCCAUACCGUGGGACCAAAGUACAAGACCAAGUACAGGACGGCGGCGGAGAGCUCGCUCUACAGCUGCUACAGGAACAUCAUGCAGCUGGCGGCAGAGCAGUCGAUGGCGUCUGUCGGCAUAUGUGUGGUGAGCACGACCAAAAGAGGCUACCCGCUGGAGGACGCCACACACAUCGCUUUCAGAACCGUGCGCAGGUUCCUGGAGAGUCACGGGAACAGCAUCGACGCCGUGGUGUUCGCAGUGACGGACGCGGAGGAGUCGGUGUACAAGAAGCUCCUGCCCCUGUACUACCCUCGCUCGGCGGACGAGGAGAAGGCCUGUCUGCCUCUCAUCCCGGCUGACAUCGGCAACUCCGAGGGAGAGCCCGUCGUCCCAGAGAGGCAGAUCCGCAUCGCGGAGAAGCCGGGCACCCUGGAAGAUGAUGCUGAAGAGGAGAAUCUGGAGUCGGACCUGGGUCGGGUGGGGAAUCACGCUUUCGCCAGGAUGGAGGGCGACGUGGACAAACAGCGCAAACUGAUCCUCCAGGGCCAGAUGUCGGACGCAGCCGUGCAGAAGCAGCACCAGAGGAAUUACGGUCGCUGGCUGUGUCGAGCGAGAGCAGAGGACCUGUCGGACAUCGCUGCCCUGAAAGCUUUAUAUCAAACCGGUUUGGAUAUGUGCGGCCGGACGGUGAUGGUCGUGGUCGGGCGAAACAUCCCAGUGACCCUCAUUGACCUCGAAAAGGCUCUGCUGUACUUCAUCCACGUGAUGGACCACAUCGCCGUGAAGGAGUACGUGGUGGUUUACUUCCACACGCUGACGGGCGAGCACAACCACCUGCACGCCGACUUCCUCAAGACCCUCUACGACAUCGUCGACGCCAAGUUUAAAAAGAAUCUAAAGGCCUUCUACUACGUACACCCAACGUUUCGCUCGAAGGUCUCGACGUGGUUCUUCACCACCUUCAGUGUGUCGGGGAUAAAGGACAAAGUCUGUUACCUGGACAACCUGCACCAGCUCUUCACCUGCAUCAAGCCAGAACAGAUCGACAUUCCUCCGUUUGUGCUGGAGUACGACGCUCGGGUGAACGGACGCUACCAUCCCGCCCACUCCUCCAGUCUGUGACAGCCGACCAAUCAGACCUCUCUUUCCCGGGGUGACGAGGCGGCGGCGGCCUGUCAAAUGGACGUCGCGUUGCCCCGUGUGGUCCGACCUUCCUCGCCUCCUCGACGAGGCUCUGAAACAUAAUGGAGGGAAACUCUCCUUUUGUUCUGUCCGAGCUUUGGGGGAGAAAAGGGACUAAAUGAACAGUUGCCUCCCACGUUCAGCAGCUUCUGGCCCGGUAAGCGGUCGUUCCCACUCACCACAGACUAUUUCUGGAUCUGGAAUGUUUUUUUUGGACUAUGCCUUUUUGAGGGUUUCGUAUUCUCAAACAUCCCUGAAUAUGAAGCAUCGCGUUGAGUUUUGUGGUCGCAUCAAAUGUCCUCGUCUGUGUCUCAGACUACAGAUUAUCAGACUUUCUGCUUCUUCAAAUGCUGAAAAAAACUCUGGAUGGAGUAAAGACCAAUGCUGCAUUUCACUCAGUCGGACGUUGGGGUACGACGUUGCAAUAACAACCUGUGGUCAACCUCGGAAAAAAACCCAAACAAGAAAAAACCUUUUCUUUGAUUAGACAAAAAACACUGCUCCUUUGUGCAACAGCUCAUGUCGCUCUGUUAGUGUCUCUGUCUUCUGUGUAGCAUAAAACAUUUACUUCACUUUCAUCACUUACAUUUAUCCUUAGUGUAGUUUGACGUAGAAACCACAUCUCUCAUAUUUGUGCAUUAAAUACGAAGCUGCAGUUGGUUUAGUUAUUGUUUUUGUGCAGAUCACACAAAACAGAUAAUGUGCGUUGGUUUAUGGGCUUUAUAGGUGUUGCUAGGCAGAUUUUCUUGACAGUUGAACAGAGCCAGGUUCGCUGCAGCGCCGUUGUUUAACGCAGAGAUAUGAGAGUGUUAUCCAACCGUGUCAUCGAGGAGAACAUAUUAAGAUAUUUUCCCACAACUAUGACAUAUUCUUUCAAGUUUUUUUAAUCCAUUGGUCACUGUCCUGAGCACUGAAACAGUCAAAUUGGUCAAUCAACAGAAGAUUAAUACGCAACAAUUAUUUUUUUACAACCGUUUCAGUGCCAAACUCUCCCUGGUUCCCAGUUUCUCACGUGUGAGAAUUUGCUGCUCUUUCUAUACUAUUAUAAAUUUAAUCUCAGUUUUGGUGAAUUAAGGACCUCUCCUCAGGCUCUAUGCAUCUUUCAAUAUUCCUUGAAACUUUAUAGGUGAAACUGAAAUCACAAGGGUGGCAGUCAGAACUAUAGUCUUUUGUUAAAUCUGCCUACUUUCGCAGAUGACACCUUAAUGUGAGCGGUUCAGUUCAGGAUACGAUAUACAAGAUUACAAACAGAAUUCCACCACGUCACUACUUUGUUAUUAUCUCAUGUAUCUGCUAAGUGUUGUCUUAUGAAAUCGCUGGAUAGCUUGCAGCCGGUUUUCACUGUUUUUGGGAACAACUGACAUGAAGGCAUCACUUUUGUUUUGGGGAACUGUUUAACGUCGAGUCUCACUCUGACAUGAUAUUUUUAUUUUCCCUUUGCCGAUGGAGAUUGGUUUGUCUGUUUCGUUUCUCAGUUACUAAAUCUUUUGUAUUUGCACAGUUACGUUUGACUUUUCUUGGUGUUUCCACAAUCCACAAGUAGUUUGAUUCAACUUUGACAAACAAGACCGGUGGGUUUUAUCAUUAUCAGGGCGAUUGCAAAAUCAAAUGUACUGAACUUUUUCCAGCAGUCAUAAUGUAGCACACCCCAGAAUCUCUUCUUAGUGGAAAGACUAUCGACCAUAAACGUAUAAAGUGUGUUUGACUAAAAAUCUGUCACAGAUUUUCAAACCUGCAUGUAUAUGUAGUUCUGUCUUCACCCAGGUCUUUCUGCCGUGUUUCCAAGAUGUCAGGGAUCCACAUCUGCAUCUUUAAAUAAUGUCAGUUGUGCUGGCGAGCAACAGAACUCUUACAGCUCUGAAUCAAUGUAUACAGUUGAUCACGCUGUUAAUAAAAUAGUCAUAACGAUAUACACAAACUUUAA